AUGGCUGAAGCAGGGGCACCCGCUGUUUUGAUUCGUCCAGAACACGCUGAUAAAGCUCAAGGCAAGAAUGUGAUUAUCGACGAACCACGUGUAGCACCGAAUGUCAUAAAGAAUUUGGGGCGCAAGGUGGUGCUUGAGAAGGAUGAUGAAGGCAAGAACAAGUUGAAGAUCAACGUAGUAUUUGAGAAGGCAGCGGUGCGGCUAGAGAUUGGAACAUGGAAGACUAAUGAGAAGAAGAUCUAG